AUGACUAAAUCAUUACGAAAAACUCACCCUUUAUUAAAAAUAGCUAACAAUGCUUUAGUGGAUUUACCUGCUCCUUCUAAUAUUUCAGCCUGAUGAAAUUUUGGAUCAUUAUUGGGAUUAUGUUUAAUUAUUCAAAUUUUAACAGGAUUAUUUUUAGCAAUACAUUAUACAGCAGAUAUUGAAACUGCUUUUAAUAGAGUAAAUCAUAUUUAUCGAGAUGUAAAUAAUGGUUGAUUUUUACGAAUUUGCCAUGCUAAUGGAGCUUCUUUUUUUUUUGCUUGUUUAUUUAUUCACGUAGGUCGAGGAAUUUAUUAUAACUCUUAUUUAUUUGUUCCAACAUGAAUAAUUGGAGUAAUUAUCCUAUUUAUAGUAAUAGCAACAGGAUUUUUAGGAUAUGUUUUACCUUGAGGACAAAUAUCAUUCUGAGGGGCUACUGUAAUUACUAAUCUUUUAUCAGCUAUUCCAUAUUAUGGACCAGAUUUAGUACAAUGAAUUUGAGGAGGAUUUGCUGUUGAUAAUGCAACUUUAACCCGAAUUUUUUACUUUCAUUUUAUUUUACCUUUUAUUGUAUUAGCAUUAACUAUAAUUCAUUUAUUAUUUUUACAUCAAACUGGAUCUAAUAAUCCAUUAGGAUUAAAUUCUAAUGUUGAUAAAAUUCCUUUUCAUCCUUAUUUUAUUUAUAAGGAUAUUAUUGGAUUUAUUAUUUUUAUAUGAAUUUUAAUAGGAUUUAUUUGAAAAUUUAAUUAUUUAUUAAUAGAUCCAGAAAAUUUCAUUCCUGCUAAUCCCCUAGUUACUCCUGUUCAUAUUCAACCUGAAUGAUAUUUUUUAUUUGCAUAUGCAAUUUUACGAUCAAUUCCUAAUAAAUUAGGGGGAGUAAUUGCAUUAGUUUUAUCAAUUGCAAUUUUAAUAAUUUUUCCAUUUACUCAUAUUAGUAAAUUCCGAGGGUUCCAAUUUUAUCCAUUAAAUCAAAUUUUAUUUUGAAAUAUAGUAAUUAUUGCUUCUCUUCUAACAUGAAUUGGAGCUCGACCUGUAGAAGAUCCUUAUGUAUUAACAGGACAAAUUUUAACAGUUUUAUACUUUUCUUAUUUUAUUAUUAAUCCAAUGUUAUCUAAAUAUUGAGAUAAAUUAUUAAAUUAA